GGCAGCAGCAGGAUGAGUUCAGAUGGAGGAGGACGGCCAGUAAAGGUGGGCUCUGUGGUGGAGGUCAUUGGAAAGGGUCAUCGUGGCACCGUGGCCUACAUCGGCAAUACGCUCUUUGCUUCGGGGAAGUGGGUGGGAGUCAUCCUGGAGGAGGCCAGAGGCAAGAAUGAUGGCACAGUGCAAGGCAAACGCUACUUCACCUGCCUUGAGAACCAUGGGAUAUUUGUGCGGCAGUCACAGAUCCAGUUGGUGGAGGAUGGGGUAGACACAACAUCCCCUGACACUCCUGAGGCUGCCACGUCUAAAGUGCCUAAGCGAGAGAUUCUGGAAGCUCCCAAGUCCAAUAAAGUGCGAGGAGCCAAACCCAAAAAGACGCCUGCUCCUCGUAAGACUACGGCCAGGAGGCCAAAGGCGCGAUCGGGCAUUGGAGUAAAGGUGGGUUCUGGCUCAGCUUCGGCAGGAGAGAUGAGCAGCAGUGAACCCAGCACACCUGCUCAGACCCCACUGGCUGCUCCUGUUAUCCCCUCUCCUGUUGGGACGCUCCCCUCCCCUGGAGCUCCACCCAUCCCGGCCCCGAGUAAGGAGGAGGAGGCUCUACGGGCACAGGUGAAAGAUCUGGAAGAGAAGCUGGAGACCCUGCGGAUAAAGCGGGCAGAGGAUAAGGCCAAACUAAAGGAACUGGAGAAGCACAAGAUCCAGCUGGAGCAGCUGCAGGAAUGGAAGAACAAGAUGCAGGAGCAGCAAAAUGAACUGCAGAAACAACUCAAAGAGGCCAAAAAGGAAGCAAGAGAGGCUUUAGAAGCAAAGGAACAUUAUAUGGAGGAGAUGGCAGACACGGCAGAUGCUAUUGAGAUGGCCACUUUAGAUAAGGAGAUGGCUGAGGAGAGGGCGGAGUCUCUGCAGCAGGAGGUCGACGCACUCAAAGAGAAAGUGGAGGAACUGACCAUGGACCUGGAGAUCCUCAAACAUGAGAUAGAGGAGAAAGGCUCUGAUGGUGCGGCAUCUAGUUAUCAUGUGAAACAACUGGAAGAACAAAACGCCCGUCUGAAGGAGGCCCUGGUCAGGAUGCGUGACCUGUCUGCCUCUGAGAAACAGGAGCACUCAAAGCUGCAGAAGCAGAUGGAGAAGAAGAACUUUGAGCUGGAGGCAUUGAGGGUGCAGAAAGAGAAAAUGCAAGAGGAAAUGAAGAUGGCGGAGAAGACCAUCGACGAGCUGAAAGAGCAGGUGGAUGCAGCUCUUGGAGCAGAAGAGAUGGUGGAGACUCUAACUGAGCGGAACCUGGACCUGGAAGAGAAAGUGCGGGAGCUCAGAGAGGCCGUUACUGACCUGGAGGCCAUUAAUGAGAUGAAUGACGAGCUGCAGGAGAACGCCAGAGAGACGGAGCUGGAGCUGAGGGAACAGCUGGAUCUGAGUGUGGCCAGUGUGCGAGAGGCAGAGAAACGUGUGGAAGCGGCGCAAGAGACCGUAGCAGAUUACCAGCAGACCAUCCAGAAAUACAGAGAGCUGACCGCACACCUGCAGGAAGUGAACAGAGAGCUGACAAGCCAACAGGAGGCCACCGCAGAGCCGCAGCAGCAGCCUGCCGAGAUCUUCGACUUCAAGAUCAAGUUUGCAGAAACCAAAGCAUAUGCAAAGGCUAUCGAGAUGGAGCUGCGUAAGAUGGAAGUGGCUCAGGCGAACAGACAGGUGGCUCUUCUCACCUCCUUCAUGCCCGACUCCUUCCUGAGACACGGAGGGGACCAUGACGGCAUCCUCGUCUUGCUGCUCAUUCCCAGACUCAUCUGCAAGGCAGAGCUGAUCAGUAAGCAGGCGCAGGAGAAGUUUGAUCUGACUGAGAACUGCUCUCAGAGGCCGGGGAUGAGAGGGGCAGUGGGAGAGCAGCUCAGCUUUGCUGCUGGACUUGUUUACUCUCUGAGUCUGCUUCAGGCAACACUGCACAAAUAUGAAUAUGCCCUUAAUCAGUGUAAUGUGGAGGUCUAUAAGCGUGUGGGUUCCCUUUACUCUGAGAUGUGUGUGCAUGAGCGUUCUUUAGACUUCCUCAUUGAUUUGCUGCACAAGGAUCAAUUGGAUGAAACUGUAAAUGUAGAGCCACUUACUAAGGCCAUCAAAUAUUAUCAGCACCUUUAUAGCAUUCAUCUAGCCGUACAGGCGGAGAACUGCACCAUGCAGCUGGCUGACCAUAUAAAGUUUACCCAGAGUGCUCUGGACUGCAUGGCAGUGGAGGUGGGUCGUCUGCGUGCCUUCUUGCAGGCAGGAGAGGAAGAAACACCAUUUUCUGUGCUGCUCAAAGAUCUGGACACUUCUUGUAGCGACAUUCGCCAGUUUUGCAAGAAGAUCCGCCGCCGCAUGCCGGGCACUGACGCGCCAGGCAUCCCUGCUGCUCUCAACUUUGGGCCUCAGGUGAGUGAGGCGCUGGCAGAAAGCAGGAGGCAGCUGGCCUGGGUCAAUGCUGUACUGCAGGAGGUGGCUGCAGCAGGAGCUCAGCUCAUUGCGCCACUCGGUGAACAUGAGGGUCUGCCAACACUUAAACUGGAGGACAUGGCCUUCAAAGCAGCUGAACAGAUUUACGGCUCCCAGGGUAUAAACCUCUACGAGUGUCUGCGCCAGUCCUGUAGCGUCGUCAUCGCAACCAUGAAUAAGAUGGCCACUGCUAUGCAGGAGGGAGAGUACGACUCUGAGAAGCCACAUACUGGGACGGCUCCAGUGGAGGUGCGAGCAGCUGCUCUGAGGGCAGAGAUCACAGAUGCUGAGGGACUCGGGCAAAAAUUGGAAGACAGAGAGACUGUCAUCAAAGAGCUCAAGAAAUCCCUUAAAAUAAAGGGUGAGGAGCUGAGUGAGGCCAAUGUGCGUCUGAGUCUUCUAGAGAAGAAGCUGGACAGCGCGUCAAAGGAUGCUGACGAACGAGUGGAGAAAAUCCAGACAGUUCUGGAGGAGACCCAGACACUCCUAAAGAAGAAGGAGAAGGAAUUUGAAGAGACCAUGGAUGCUCUGCAGGCUGACAUAGACCAACUUGAGGCAGAGAAGACGGAGCUGAGACAGCGUAUAAACAGCCAAUCAAAGAUGGCCACUGAGGGACUCCGAGGAAGUCCCUCUGGCAUUGCAUCCAUUGUGACUGGCGGCAUCACAGCUGGUGCUGUAGGAGUGUGUGCUGCGGGAGGUGUGCAGGUGAUAGAUUCUCCACUGCUGACACAACAAAUUGAAGCUCAGAGACUCAGCAUAAAGCGCCUGAAGAAUGAAAACAACAUCCUAAAGGCAGAAAAGAUGCAUGCUCAGUUAGCAUCACUUCCUCCACUGAAUGUGUCGAAGUUGAACUGGCGUGAAGGUUGUAGACCAGAGGUCCUAUCCAGCGCUCUCUAUCGCAAAACAGACCAACUCCUGGAAACACUGCUGCAGAUGAGUGCCAAUGUCAAAGUCGUAGACAUCACUGGAAAAUCUCCAGUGAGUCCCAGUGCCCAGCUCCUGGAGCAGACAGCAAGGCUUCAGUCUCUCAGUGAGACUCUUGACAGACUAAAGGAUGAAGUAGCAGAGCAUGUGGUGUCUCAGAGACCUGGUGCUCGGGUUUCAUCCGACUUUGCUACGUUCCCCUGUACCUCAUUUGUAAAGGCUAAAGAGGAGACGAUGAGAGAUGAAGUGUUGGUCGGUCGUGUGAUGGUGCCUUGUGCCCGAGGGCAGGAGCAGGUUCACCGGCUCGUGCUGUCCCAGUACCAGCUGCAGAGAGUGCAUCGCCUGCUUCAGACUUAAACAUAACCUUCAGCAAGAACGAGCCCUGCAGCCGCUUCCUGAAAAACCUGAUCCACUUUCACUAGAUGCAUCCCAACUUUAACAGCGGAAGGAUAUGCACGAAACUUGGACAAGCCGUGAAUCGCAGUGACUGGUUGGGAAUAUUUCUUUGCUCUGGCAU